UAGUGCGUGGUGGGAAGGGGCGGGAUUCUGCCAGCCGCGGCUGCCGCUGGAGCCGGUGUCCGGGCUGGUGAUGGGGUUAAUUCCCUUUCGUAAGACUCUUACUUGCACCCACCCAGCCCUGCCGUCGCCCCGCAGCGCCGCACUCCAACCGCCUCCUCCUCCUCAGUAACGCGGGCCACUGAAAGGUAUGAUAUAUUUGAUCCAAGACAGUCCAUUUCAGUCCAGAAAUCUACAGUGGUGACAAGGACAUGGGACUCCUUCUGCCAGAUUCCAGAUGGUUCAAUACAAUUGACAUCCUGGCUGACAACUGUGAAAAAGAACCUUGGAUUAUUUUAUUUUAUUUUUGUGGGACUCCACAAUUCCAAAUCCAUAGGACACAUCAGGCUUCAAGUUCCGUGUAGAAUUCUAAAAUAACCUUUGCUGAUGAGGAUGUCUGAUACUGUUACUGUAAAAAAUGAAACUGAAACAAUGAAGGAUUUGGAGGCAGAAGUGAAAGAUACAACCAGAGUUGAGAAUCUUACUAAAUCAGAAAACUAUGGGAAGAUUUUGGCAGAGAAGAAUGAACGUUGUAUUGACAACAAUAUUGAUUUGCAGCGGCCAUUGCAGUCAUUUGGACAGACAGGAAAAAGGUCUAAGUCAAGCUCAAAGUUAAAGCUAGUUCGGAGCCUUGCAGUGUGUGAAGAAUCUCCACCACCCCCUACAACAGAGAUAUCACAGGAAAACCAGGAGAAAAUUCAGAUCCAGUUAACACAAUCAUUUGAAAAAGAGGAGAAGCCCUCAAAAGAUGAAGCAGAAAAAGAAAAAGCCAAUGAUAAGUUGCCCAGAAAAAUGUUAUCAAGAGAUUCCAGUCAAGAAUAUACUGAUUCAACUGGCAUAGAUCUACAUGAAUUUUUAGUAAAUACAUUAAAAAACAAUCCCAGGGACAGAAUGAUGCUGUUGAAAUUGGAACAAGAAAUUUUAGAUUUCAUUGGUAAUAAUGAGUCUCCACGUAAAAAAUUCCCCCCAAUGACAUCUUACCACAGGAUGCUAUUGCACAGAGUAGCCGCUUACUUUGGAUUAGACCACAAUGUUGAUCAGAGUGGGAAGUCUGUCAUAGUAAACAAAACUAGUAAUACAAGAAUACCUGAUCAGAAAUUUAAUGAACAUAUUAAGGAUGAUAAAGGUGAAGACUUUCAGAAACGAUAUAUCCUCAAGAGAGAUAACUCUAGCUUUGACAAAGAUGAUAACCAGAUGAGAAUACGUUUGAAAGAUGACAGAAGAAGCAAAUCUAUAGAAGAAAGAGAAGAAGAGUACCAGAGAGCUAGAGACCGUAUAUUUUCCCAAGAUUCCCUGUGUUCCCAAGAGAAUUAUAUUAUUGACAAAAGAAUCCAAGAUGAGGAUGCUAGUAGUACCCAGCAGAGGCGCCAGAUAUUUAGAGUUAAUAAAGAUGCUUCAGGGAGAUCAACAAAUAGCCAUCAAAGCAGCACUGAGAAUGAGCUGAAGUAUUCUGAACCGCGACCCUGGAGCAGCACAGAUUCCGACAGCUCUCUCCGAAACUUCAAGCCUGCUGUAACCAAAGCCAGCAGCUUCAGUGGAAUUUCAGUCUUGACAAGAGGUGAUAGUUCUGGAAGCAGCAAAAGCAUAGGCAGGCUUUCAAAAACAGGUUCUGAGUCUUCUGGUAGUGUAGGGUCAUCUACGGGCUCUCUUUCUCACAUCCAGCAGCCUCUUCCAGGUACAGCUCUCAGCCAGUCUUCUCAUGGCGCACCUGUCGUCUAUCCAACUGUCAGCACUCAUAGUUCUCUUUCCUUUGAUGGUGGCCUAAAUGGGCAAGCCGCAUCUCCUAGUACUAGCUUCUUUUUGCUUCCCUUGGAAGCGGCAGGCAUACCACCUGGCAGUAUUCUGAUCAACCCACAAACAGGUCAGCCCUUCAUAAACCCAGAUGGGAGUCCAGUUGUGUAUAACCCCCCUAUGACUCAACAAUCAGUUAGAACCCAAGUGCCUGGACCUCCACAGCCACCUCUGCCACCCCCACCACCUCAGCAAGCAGCUAAUCACAUUUUCUCACAGCAGGACACCCUUGGAUCUCAGUUUAGCCACAUGAGUCUUGCCCGCCAGCCAUCUGCAGAUGGUUCUGACCCUCAUGCUACCAUGUUCCAGUCCACUGUUGUUCUUCAGUCCCCACAGCAGUCUGGUUAUAUCAUGACAGCAGCUCCUCCACCACCGCCACCACCACCCCCUCCUCCUCCCCCGCCCCCUCCUCCUCCGCCACCUCCUCCCCCUCCCCUACCACCUGGGCAGCCAGUCCCUACUGCUGGCUACUCUGCUUCUGGUCAUCAUGUCAGCCAGUCUGUGCUCCAGCAGCAGGGAUACAUUCAGCAGCCCUCACCACAGAUGCCAGCCUGUUAUUGUGCUCCAGGCCACUAUCACCCCAGUCAACCUCAGUAUCGCCCAGUCCCUUCUGUCCAUUACAAUUCACAUCUAAACCAACCACUGCCACAGCCUGCACAGCAGACAGGUUACCAAGUUAUGCCCAACCAGCAACAAAACUACCAAGGAAUAGUUGGAGUUCAGCAACCCCAGAGUCAAAGCCUCGUUGGUGGCCAACCAAACGGCAUUGGAAAUCAGAUUCAAGGAGUGGUCAUCCCCUAUCCUUCAGUGCCAUCAUAUCAGGUUUCACUGCCUCAAGGUUCUCAAGGAAUUGCCCAUCAGACUUAUCAACAGCCUGUUAUUUUCUCUAAUCAAUCUAAUCAAGGAUCUAUGCCCACCUCAUCAGUAGGUUACUUGCAACAUCCAGGAUCAGAACAAGUACAGUUUCCUCGAACUACUUCACCAUGCAGUUCUCAGCAGCUUCAUAGCCACCAGUGUGCAGCUGUUCCACCUCCACCACCUGGUGGAGGAAUGGUGAUGAUGCAGCUCAAUGUACCAAACAAUCCACAGUCUCGUGCCCACUCACCCCCCCAGUGGAAGCAAAACAAAUAUUACUGUGAUCACCAGAGAGGACAAAAGUGUGUGGAGUUUAGCAAUGUAGACAAUAUUGUUCAGCACAGCCCUCAACUCAACAGCCCCAUUACUUCACCAGCUCAGUCACCAGCACCAGCUCAGCUAUCCACCCUGAAAACUGUCCGUCCUUCUGGACCACCACUUUCCAUCAUACCUCAGUUUUCUAGACCUUUUAUUCCUGGGCAAGGAGAUGCCAGAUAUCCAUUACUUGGCCAACCACUGCAGUACAACCCUCCUGCUGUUCUGCACGGACACAUUCCAGCUCAACAGGGUCAGUCUGGCAAUAGACAUGGAAACCGAGGAAGGAGACAAGCUAAAAAAGCUGCAUCCACUGACCUUGGUGCAGGAGAAGCAGUUGUUGGGAAGGUCUUGGAAAUUACCGAACUACCAGAUGGAAUAACUCGCAUGGAAGCCGAGAAGCUUUUUGGGGAACUCUUUAAAAUUGGCGCCAAGAUCCGGUGGCUGCGCGACCCCCAGUCCCAGCCCCAGUUGCGUCGUCACCCCCUCUGCUGUGGCAGUGGGGACAACACUGUCAAUUCUGAACGCUCUAAACCCAGUGACUUGGCCUCCACAUACACCGUCUUAGCUACAUUCCCUUCCAUUUCAGCUGCGCAGAAUGCAUUGAAGAAACAAAUUAACUCAGUUAACAAGUUUAAACUGAGAACAAGCAAGAAGCACUAUGACUUUCACAUUUUGGAAAGGGCAAGUUCUCAGUAACAGAGCCACCUGGGACCCUUGGCCUUUAUGAUUCCCCCUGUCCUCUCCCAUCUUUAAUUGGCUUGGUAUUUGGAGCUUCUGUUAACAUGAUAGAGACUCCUAGAAUGUGUGGUCAUGGCGUUACUGCUUUUGAAGACAGGCCAGUGUUCAGCAAAGACGGGGAAAAAUACACACUUCACCCCAAAUGACUGUAAGAAUUUACAUCAGAAUGAUACAGAGUUAGCAGCUUUUUCUGAGGAAAUGCUGUUCAAAUGCCUCCUAACUUUUAUAGUUAUUUUGUUUUAUAUUUCUGAAUUCUUGUAUCAGAUCCAAAGCUCUAUUGUACAGCAAAUUAUUCUUCAAAAUGAUUACAACCAGUUGCAACCUGUAUUCCUUUUUUGCAGCCAGCACAGUGUGACCCAACAUAGAAUUUGGGGGAAAAAGAAUGCAGGAGUAGAAUAACCAAGUCAAAACCAUGUGCUAUCUUUUUGAGGGGCUGAAGGGAGUGACUAAGGAGAGCCCACAAAUAGAUUACUCUUCCCCUGUAUCUCUAAACAUAGAAACAAUUUCCAGAAAAUACAGAAUUCCCUCAUAGGGUCCUUUCCUUAUUCAUUUAGGUAGUAUGGACAUUAAGUGUAAAGUAAAUUAUGUUCUUAAUGCCUCUUAAACCACUUAGACUCAAAGGGGAAUAGGAAUCAUUCUAGGCAGGAAAAUACUUCCACAUUUUUUUAAGUGUCCCUCCAAUAACUAAAUGCCACUUAUUUGCAUUCCCCUCCCCUCCUUGUGGAUUUUUUGUCACCUAAGGAAAUACAUUUGAUGAGUGCUGGAAACUUCUUAAGUGGUUUAAAAUUUGUUUUCAUUGUUUGCAGCGGAUCACUGGACAUCAAAGAUUCAUUGCACUUAUGAACAAGGAACCUUUUUUUCAAUUUCUGUGUAAUUUGCAAGGCUGUACAAUGUGUGCUGAUGCAAGCCUUUUUCAGUUCAAGAGAAUAAAUGUUUACAAAUAUAGA